UGUCUCCUGUCGAUGAUGAUGCGUUCGUGAGGCCGAAGUGAAAUGGCGUCAUGUAAAUGGGGGCUGCAGUUUCAUUUCUUCUAGCCCACUUUGAAGGGUUACGUACUCAGCAGUUCCGUUGAAGAAACCUUGUAUCGUGCAGUGAACUAUACACAAUGGCUUUGCCACCGAAUUAUCGACAACCGCCUGUGCCUACGCCGGCUCCGUCGACACCCCAACGACCGAGAACACAGGCGUCUACAUCAAAUUCGAAUUCACCAAUGCCCUCUUCAGGGAACAGCAGCCCCUUUCUACCAUCUCCUCAUGGCCAUCCGGCUUUCAAUCCUCUGAAGUUGGGCUCGCGAGGUGCUGGUAGCGCGGAGAGCCGCGUUCCCAAACCCCCAAAGCCCCCUGAUAAGCCUCUGAUGCCUUAUAUGAGGUACAGUAGAAAGGUAAGAAAAAUGGUAUGGGAUCAGGUGAAGGCAACAAAUCCAGAUCUAAAGCUGUGGGAAAUUGGCAAAAUAAUUGGCCAAAUGUGGAGGGAGCUUCCUGAUGAAGCCAAGCAAGAAUACAUUGACGACUAUGAAACUGAAAAGAUGGAAUAUAACGAGGCCUUGAAAUCGUAUCACAAUUCUCCUGCUUACCAAGCAUGGGUUGCUGCUAAAGUCAGAGCACAACAAGCAGCAGAGGAAAGAGAAGCACUGGAACGCAGCCCAUCUGUUGUGAGUUCGUCUCUGAUGUCUUCACAGAAAUCUGACGGGAAAGUCAGUAUUCAACCUGCAGAGGAUGAUGAAGGCAUAGGCUCUGGCAAUAGCAUUUACCUUUUGGAAGUCAAGGGGAUGAGUGAUAUCGACGAGUUCUCCGUGAAGCACGUUGCUGCAUCUCGAUACAUGCGCAACCACCGGCUUAUCAAUGAGAUCUUUAGUGACGCUGUAGUGCCUGAUGUACGCUCAGUAGUCACAACAGCACGUAUGAGCGUUCUCAAGCGCCAGGUUCAGUCCCUCACCAUGCAUCAGGAGAAACUAGAGGCUGAGCUGCAACAGAUCGAAGAAAAGUUUGAAGCAAAGAAGCGAAAGUUUUUGGAAGCAAGCGAGACAUUCCAGGCUGACCUUAAAAAGCAACGUUUUGGCAAGGCGGUUGACCCAGAAACGUACCAGAAGAUGGUAGAGCGAGCAUUGGAACAAAUGAAGAAGGAUCUGGCAGCUAAAGAGGAGGGAAAGAAAGAGAAGGCCAAUGGUGGAGGAGAAGACAAGAACGCAGACAAGGUGCCUGCUGAAGCAGCUGCAGAGGGGAUGGAUUCUGAGAAUCAAGGGAGGACCCGUGAAGAAGACGAGGAUGACGACGAUGAAGAUGUAUCUGAAAAAGAAGGAGCACCAUCUGCAAGAAGCGGGUCAGCUGCAGCAAUGCCAAUGGAAUGUGAAGACACAGCAGAGAGCCAGGACUCUCAGGAACGAAGCGAUGGCACAUUUUCUGAUCAGGACAGCAAGGAAGUGCCCCAAAGAAACGAACAACCUGGAGGCAAUCCACAUAGCACGUCAUCCAUUUCAAAUGUACCUAUAGAGAGCUUAGAUCAGUCAGGCCACUAAUGCCUUGAUGGAACAUUUCAAUGCAUAUGCAGUAUUCUCAACUGGCAUCAAACCAGUCCCACGUUCCUAAAGCUGUGUUGAGAAAUAUUGGUGCCUCCGUACGCUGUGGCGGCAUCACCAGAUGCAAAAUUUGAUUUUAAUUUGUAUGGCAGAUAAUGUGCAUCAAUGCCAGUUGACCUGGUUCACGCAGUACACGCUUUUUACAUUUUCUACUCAUUUUAUAUGCAUUCGUGUACUUAUGGAGAAACUAUUUUUGCUCCCGAAAACAGGAUUCUUAGCCCGCUUUUAUGACAGACUUUGUUAAAUGUGUUUUACUGUAACCAUCUUGACUUGUCAUGGUGUACCCAUGAAGUUCAAAAUAAAAGUCAUUCAUUCAUCAUUUA